AUGACGACGGAAGUCAAGGCCGAAGUGGGGAACAGCGCCAUCGGGAGGCCCCCGACGUCCGAUGCCGGGACAGAUGUCUAUCGGGGUCGGUCCCCGGGACCAUAUGUUCCCGGGACGUCGUGGAGAACCUGGUGGAAGCUGUUUUCGAACUUCCUCGUACUGAGGAAGGUCACAGAAGAAAGGGAGCAGCGGCUGGUUUUCUUGCAGGAGGUAGGCAACUCGAACUAUGAGUUGCUGGAGUCCCUCCUGCAAGGACGUGAAUUGGAAGAAGUAGAAUUGAAGGAGCUUCGACAGGCGAUGGAACGCCAUUACCAACCGAAGAAGCUGGUUUUGGCAGAGCGCUUCGGCCUCAUGUCGAAGGUCCAGAAGCCAGGACAAGCCCUGCACGAAUACUACGCGGAGCUGCAGAAAGCGGCAAACACGUGUAGUUUCGAAGAAAUCAAGAAUCAUCGUGAUGCGGUAGUCACGAUGGUCUUCAUUGGGGGACUACUUUCAGUGGAUACAAGGAAGCGACUGCUGGAAAAGGAGGACCUGACGUCGAAAGAAGCCCUGGAACAAGCAGAAGCGUUUGAGCGUGUUGGAGUAAACGCUCCGCAUUUGAAGGAAGGUCCCCAAGCAGUAGGGAUAGCUGAGGUAAGAAUGCGUAACCGGCAACCGGCUCGGCGCACGCAAACAGUCGAUCAAAAGGGGAAAUCGAGCAAGGGCCCAGCUCGAAGGGAUUUGAGAUGUAGGGUUUGCGGGGCGCUAGGUCAUGCCGGUUACGAGUGUUUCAGGAAACAAAGUGCAUACUGCAAAGUAUGCAAGAAGAAAGGCCACCUACCAACGACGUGUUGGAAGAGCGCAAGGGUAGGCCGCAAAGUCUCCCGCCAGGUCCAUUGGUGUGAGGAGCCCGCCGGAAGCUCCGACAGUGGUGAAGAGAUGGUAAGGCAAGGCGUGAACACAGUAGUAGUAUCACGCAUACCCCACUGUCGUAGAGCUGAGUUCAGGAGGCCGGCGCGGUUGAGCAGGGCAAAGUACUGCCAAAGGAGAGAAGAUGGCAGUUUCCUGGAAGAUAAUGGAACUUACCAGAGAGUGGCGGCGAGUACUUCCGGCAGCAGCCGAGAGAGGUCGGCCGCCAGUAGCAUCAUGGUCAAUAGAAAUGAGGAAGGCCAUGAUAAGGAAGGGAGUGAUAACAGCGCGGUCAAUGUUGACGGUGGAGUAGACCGGUCGCCGGUCGAACCACCGGUAAUGCUGGAGAUGAAAGUGAAUGGGAAGAAGAUCCCAUUCGAGUUGGAUACGGGCGCAUCACUCUCUAUUAUAGAUGAGAGGACGUGGUAUAGUUUAGGCCGGCCGCAGUUAAGUAAAGCGGAGGUUGCGGCCACGGCCUUUGAUAAUAAUCGGAUUAAGUUUCAAGGGAAGGUUCCAAUCCACGUCGAGUUCGCCGGAAAUGAGGCGACGGUUGAUGUACAUGUCUUAAGGAGGCGAGUCACUCCUUAUGUGGAAGAGACAUGA